AUGGACGAUCCCCGAUGGACCGCCACUGCCCCUCCUGAACAGUUGGAGGCAUGCCGCGCGAGCGACAUUCUCGACGUCAAUCAUCAAGAUGUCUUCGCCACUGCGAUGUCAAACUUGCUGUCCACAGACAUUGCAGAGCAGACGUUCGCACAAAUAAUAGAUGGUCUCCCUCUCAAAGACGUCGCUUUCAACCUGGAGGCUACCCAGUACACACGUCGCGAUCCCGUCUUUACCCACGUUGAAUUAUGCCCUGGUGUCUUGGAAAAAGCGAGGAUGUUCCGAGACAGCUUCGAUCCGAGAGCUAUGGAGCUGAGGACAGAUGUCCUGCAGAGAUAUCAAGACGUCCCAGCGAGGUCGAGGGCGUCGAAGCUCCCUUUACUGGAGCUUGUAGCUGUAGCCGUCCACACUAUCGCAGCGGAGCUCUUUGAUCUCGAUGGAGCUCUUCACAAGCGAGAUACCCCAUGUACUCGCUACACAGGUAACGAGAGCGACGCAGUCUCUCGACUCCCACCUUGGCCGACUGUUUUUGCCGUGUAUUCGUACACGGAUCCAGCACGGUUUCCCAGGGGAAUUUCUGAUAUAGCGGGCUACUGGGCUGAAGACAUCAUCUUUGGAGGAGUUGUCCUGUUCGGCAGAGGAGAGAGUGGGACUGGAUACGACGGAAUCUGGUUUGACUCCCAUCGCGAAGGAGUCACGUUCCGAAUCUACGCCUUGACUGAAGAGCAAAUUGAGUCGCUGUUGCAUUUUCUAGAAUGGGAGCCCAAGUCUCAGCCCAGUCAGCAAGAACAACGACCAGAAUGCCCCCUGCCGAUCUUAGGAAAUGAUACCAACCUGACUCGGGUAGACCCGGACGUUGCGAUCCCCUUGCACAAUGUUUACAGAGACCGUUGGGAAAAGCCGGCAUUUUGGGGAAGCUAUGGUGCAUACUCAUUCCGCAAAUCCGGACCCCGGGAUGAGCUGAACUGGCCAGAGAUUAAACUAAGAAAGAUACAUACUAGGCCCACAAGAAGUCAAGGUGGCACACAUGAGACAUUCGGUGAGUUGCUGGCUAAGGUUCAGGAAAAGAACAAGAAGCCUGGGUCCGGGUCCGGUACUUGA